AUUUCACUAAUGGAUAUACAGAUAUAUGAUUUUAGAUACUGAAUUGAUCAUGACGGAUGUCAGUGUUGUAGAUCACAUCAACAUUUAUUGAAGUUAUCAGAAAUGAUGCUUACAAAAUAUCACACAUCCUGUUGUCAUAUUAAGACAGAGGUUUACUAUUGUAUUACAGCAGGAAUGUUGGAGGUAUAUAAUUCUGUGUUAGCUUAUAUAUUAAUGAAGGUAUUUGUGUUCCAGAAUUGAGUAGCUUAUGCAAGUUACUGUUGCAGUUUAUAGAAGACCAAGGAUUGGAACUAGUCUAUUUUAAUGAAAAAUAGUAUUUCUUGGAAGCCAUGUUUAAAACAAUUAUUCUAGACUUCAGUCUAUAUUACAUAGUGUAUAGCCGAACUAAAGUGAAUUUGAUAAGCAACUAUGUUUGCAAACAUUAGUGAAUAUAAGAAGUGGUGAGUAAACUAAAUGUGAUUGUUUAUACUCUAACAAGUAUUCUUAUAUCACAGAUAGUAUAUAAAUGAGCUUGGCUGAAAUGGAAAAAAAUCCGGAAAUCCCAGGGCUUAUAAACUAGAUGUGGGAGCUUUAAAAAAAUCCUGAAAGAAGGCAAUUGCAACUAUUUGAAUAGUUUGCUAUGUAUUGGCAUGAUCAUCAAAAAUUAAAUUUAAGACAGUCUUUAUAGAAUAUUCUGACAAGAAAUAAUUAACUGAGAAGUGUCAGCUACAUAAAGGUAUCCUGUAAUUCUCUUUGCCCUUUGGUAUACAAGAUGACUUUUAAAGAAAACUGUAAAAAAGUAUGCAUAUAUUUUUGAUAGUCCUUGGUAGAAAAUUACAUUCUAUGAAGUAAAUAGAGGACGGGUGAUGUUAAGCAUACUUUAUUACAGUAAAAGAUGAAAAAAAUCACACAUUGGAAAUUAAACUCAAAUGAUGAUUCCAAAAAAGGAUAUUCCUUAAAAGUGAAAUAGUUGUAAAUUGCUUAAGAUUGUACAAUUUACGUUUGAGAUUAGAAUCAGUAUUUGCUUAUAAGUUAAAUAUGAAUGCCUAACUGGAUGCUACAUUUAAUCAAGCAAUGAGUUUGUUGGAUUUAAUUGCUGCAAAAGAAACAAACCUGUGACAUUGUAUGUACUAUAGUUGUGUUAUGCCAGAGUAUUCCAGUGAAAAAAAUUACACGUUAAUACUUUUUAGAACAAAAUUUCAACAUGUUCUAUGAAGUGUAUACUGCUUCUCCCUCCCAAAAAAGACUUGGAAUUCUAGGAGUAGUACAUGUGUUGAAACACUUAGAAACAUAAAGUUAAACAAUAUCAUACAUAUUUAAUCCUAAUAUUCACACACCCUUCUAGAAUAGGGAUAUGUUAGUAUGAUUGUCUGCUAUUCUGAAGAAGUGCACAAACAAUGCAGGUAAGUAGGUAAUAACAUUUUGGUAUGUGCGAGUUAAAACAAGUGAGAUAAAAUUCUUAAAUGGAAGGAAUUCCUCCAUUUUAUCCCAUCUGCAUAUAAAAGAUGGGAAGAAGGAAAAUUUGACAGUAUUCUGCCUAGCAUACUAACUCACAUUCAAUUUGGAAAUGUCCAUGAAUUCACAGAUACAGGGAUUAGGGGUAAAAUGAUGCAAGUUGCCCUUUGAAAUGUUCUCCCCCCAGAAGCAAGGCGAGCUCCCUUUUCUUGGCCUUUUGGAAAGGUCUAUAGGCCUAGCUGUGCUGCCCACAGAGGAGCACAUAAUUGUGGAGACGUAAAACAUGCUAAUUAUAUAUAGCUUUUGUGUUUUUAUGCCUACAUAUACACCACCCAGAAAUGUUCUAUAAAGGGAGAUUGGCAGUUUCUAAAUAUAUAGAUUAGAUUAGGAAUAGAAAAACCAUUCACAGAAUAUUAAUAUACGAGCAUUCUUACCUUGAACGCAGAACGUAACUGCUUUAAUAAUCCACUGUACUCCAAAUGGAAUCAUGAAUAAAUAUGCCAGUACCAAAGCACUUAUUUGUAGUGGGAUUACAGGCUGGGACACGAUAUAUGAGAAAAUUACAUGUACAGACAUUGAGAUGGUUGUGUGAAGAAUAACCAGACUUGCAUUAGUUUUUAAAACUAUUCAAAUCAAACUCAUAUUUGCUAUUUGGGAGGGCCCAUUUUGUAUAGUUUGCAUUUAUAUUUAGUAGUUUAAUUCUGAAACUACUUUUAAUUUUUGUUGGAUAUUGACUAUUUCAUUGUAAGCUAAAGUAAAAAAUGUGUAUGCUUUGUUAAAAUUACCUAUUGAAUUUACUUGAAAGAAAAAUGUCUAAACAUAAGGAAACUACAGUACUUUAAAUUAGUUUUGGUUUUAAAUGUCCCAAGUCAUGGGUUAGAUUGUGGGAAUAUGGUAUGAUAAUGAAUACUAUGCUUUUUGUUCAUGCUACAAAACAAAGCUUAAAAAGAUUUUUUAAAACUUAUACUUAAUGAUCAGGUCACACUGCAUACAUAGCAAGCCACAUUAGAUUUAUCAAAGAAACUAUUUUUCCACAAGUAAAUUUCAUAUGAAUUUUGACUUGCACAAUAAUCGUAGUUACCAUUAUGGAUGACAACAUUAUUAAAAGACUACAUCCCAGCAUAAGUAUGUGACAAAACCAUCUUUCAAUAUAAUGCAGUUACUUAAACUUUAAAAUACAAAACUCAAAAAGUUUCAAAUACGUGUUAAUACCUCAAAGAAAGAGUGUUACACUUUCAGCAUUAAUAACUAAAGACAUAUUCCAUAAACGGAGUUCUCCAUAAGUUGGGUUUCCUGUUCUCAUGCAUCUAAUUUCAUUGGAUAAGGGGCAUGACAGAAAUGUCCAAAAAUUUCCACUUGGGCCAAGAAAAUAUUUUAAAUAUUCCUUUAAAUAUUUCAAGCCCAAAUUGUUCAUGGUUUUAAAGAUAUAGAUAUGGGAUUGGAAAUACUUUUGGAAGUCUGUUAAAUGUAGUGGGAUUAUUUCUUAGCGCAGCUGAGUGGUUUCUAGAGCAGGGGUCUCCAUCCUUGGCAGCUUUAAGCCUAGCUGGCUGGGGAAUUCUGGGAGUUGAAGUCCACCAGGCUUAAAGUUGCCAAGGUUAGAGACCCCUGUUCUAGAGUAAUAUAGAUUAUUGGAGGGAAGAGCCCUGGGAUAUGCAUGAUAAAAUUGCCUUAAAAUACAGCAGUUGUCUCCUCCCAUUAUAGCCAGGAAAGAAUAAGGUGUUUGCAGGGUUUAACAGACUCGUUUUUAGCAUCCAAUAAACAGGCUUGUAGCCAGCUUUAAAUUGAUCUAGAACAGCGACUCAGUAAAAUCAACGUGAAUUGGUCAGCAAACACAUAACCACUUUAUCAAGAAACGCUAAUUAAUAACCAAGCCUGUUCCACUUCCUCGAUAACUUAGUAAUUAAGGAGCUACACAGAUAUCGCGUUAGGGGAGCAGAUGCAUUCAAUUUAUCUCUGGUAUCGUCCAACUGGUUUUGCAUUGGAAGUGGUGAACGGGAACUCUACUCCUGGGAUUGCUGAAGUAGUAUAACUCCCAACAUCCCUCAAUAUUUGCCAUAACGGCUGCAAACGAACGGAUAUUGGAAUUUAUAUUCAACGACGUCUGGUCCCCAAGUUUACACCCACCGCUGAAAAACCAUCUUUCUGCCAUUUUUUACCGCUAUGAAUUUGUGGGCAGGAUACGCUGCAAUCAAGCCCGGGCAUCUCGAGGGAAGAAAAGUGAUUUUUUGGGGGGAGGCGUUUAUACAGUUUCCAGGCUUCAGUCCAACAGAAAGCGAGCUAUUCGGCGUUCCGGGCAUCUGGGCAACGAUUAGCGCCGCCAUUUUAAUGGGCUUUAUUUCCUCCAGGCUAAAGGGCAACCAAAGGAGUCCCGGUAAGGGCGGAAGUGCCUCCUCAUCCUGCCCCUUCUUGUUUGGUCGAUAGCUUUUGCGACUCGAGAGAUCGCGAGAAGAAAUCGAAAAGAAAAGAAAAAACUCCGCUCCUUCCAAGCAGCGGUGUAUUGGUGCUAACUAAGAGAAGCCGGGUGGGAAAGUAAGCAAGAACGGCUUCAGGGGCCGGCGAGGAUUAUCUUCCGCCUUGGAGAAGCGACGCUAUUGGUCUAGCCCUCCGCCACGUGAUGCGAAGGGCUCGAGUGUUGGAAACCGGAAGGCAGGGGCUUUCGGUCCCUUCAAGUGUGCUACGGAGCGCCUGGGGAUCCUCGGGUCAAGCUGAAGCCGGGGGCGCAGUCUCCCCCCAUCCUCCAGGAUGAGGUGGGCGCGCGCGGCCGUGGAGAGGCUGUGCCAGCGCGCGCGCCGGGUGGACGUUCUGCGCGAGACCUGCCGCCAGUACCCUUUGUUUUGCUGUAUCCUUUUGGGGUUCAGUGUGGCAACGCUCCUGCUCAGCCGGUAUCGUCACAUCUUAAUGAUCUUCUGGUCUUUUGUGGCGGGAUUUGUAACAUUCUAUUGUUACUUAGGACCAGAUACCCUCUUACCAAAUAUUCUGUUUACAAUAAAACAAAAAUCCAAGCAAUUAAAAUUGCAAGAACAAUCUUCCCAGAAUGGCAGUUGUGCUAUAUGUGAAGAUAUCAAAUGUAAUAGACAUGGACCUGCAUCUCUAUUAGAAGAUUAUCAGCCAUGGCUGGGCCUGAAAGUUCCUUCUAAAGUCGAUGCUUCCUUAUCAGAGAUGUUUGAGCUAGUACUAGAAAAUUUUAUUUAUCCUUGGUACAGGGAGAUAACUGAUGAUGACUCACCUGUGGAUGAAUUAAGAGUAACAUUACGAUUUUUUGCAUCUGUGUUACUUCGCAGAAUUUACAAGGUGAAUAUUCCAACUGUUAUAACAAAAAGAAUGCUGAAGGCAGCAAUGAAACAUAUAGAAGUAAUAGCUAAAGCUAGACAAAAAGUAAAAAAUACAGAAUAUUUACAGCAAGCAGCUUUAGAAGAAUAUGGACCAUCACUCCAUGUGGCUUUGAGAAGUAGAAGAGAUGAACUCAAUUAUUUAAGAAAACUUACUGAACUUCUUUUUUCCUAUAUUCUGCUUCCAAAGGCAACAGAUUGCGGGACAUUCACCUUACUCAUAAGAGAAAUCCUAUCGGGUUCUGUUUUCCUUCCCUCUAUGGAUUACUUAGCUGAUCCGGAUACUGUGAACCACUUGAUACUUAUCUUCAUUGAUGAUAGUCCACCUGAAAUUGCAACUGAACCUGCUUCACCUUUGGUUCCUUUCUUGCAGAAAUUUGCAGAAUCUAGAAACAAAAAACCUUCUGCCUUGCACUUUGAACUGAAAGAAUUUGAAGGCAAGCAGGAUCUUUUCUUUCUAUUUAUGAGUUUUUUGAAGAAAGAAGGAACAGUACACGUAUUGCAAUUUUACCUGGAGUUAGAGCAAUUUAAUAAUAGAAUUUUGCAGGCAGAAUUAUCAGAUUCUGAGAAAAUGUCACUCCAUGAAGAAGUCAAGAAAAUCUAUGAAACAUAUUGCUUAGAUGAAAGUGUUGACAAAAUUAAAUUUGAUCCUUUCAUUGUGGAAGAGAUACAAAGUAUUGCUGAAGGCCCCUAUGAGGAAGUUGUGAAGCUACAACAAAUGCGGUGCUUCUUUGAAGCCUAUGAACAAGUUUUCUCACUCUUAGAAAAUGUCUUCAUACCUAGAUUCUGCCACACGUAUGAGUAUUUCAAGCACCUCUUUCAAGAAGUUGAAUCCCCAACACGCAAUUCCAAGUCAAACAAAAGCAUGCAUAGAAGAGGUGAAUCGUCUGGAAUCAGAAGUAUAAGCAGCAAAAUCAAAGGAGUAUUCAAGAGCACUACAAUGGAAGGGGCUAUGCUACCCGACUAUCUCCUGGCUGAAGGAGAGGAUGAUUUUAUUGAAGAAGGCAUUAUGGUAAUGGAAGAUGAUUCACCUGUGGAGGCACUGAGUAUGCCUAAUACACCUCGCAAUUUGGCUGCUUGGAAAAUUACCAUUCCUUAUGUUGACUUCUUUGAAGACCCGUCACUUGAAAAGAAAGAAAGGAGAGAGAGAAUUCCUGUAUUUUGCAUUGAUGUGGAAAGGAAUGACAGGCUGGCACUUGGGCAUAAACCCGAGCACUGGUCAGUCUAUAGAAGAUAUCUUGAAUUUUAUGUGCUUGAAUCAAAGCUAACAGAAUUUCAUGGUGCAUUCCCUGAUGCUCAGCUUCCCUCCAAGAGGAUUAUUGGACCAAAGAAUUAUGAAUUCUUAAAAUCAAAAAGAGAAGAAUUUCAAGAAUACCUUCAGAAACUUUCACAACAUCCAGAGCUAAGCAACAGUCAACUUUUGGCUGACUUCUUAUCCCGUAAUGGUGGAGAGACACAGUUUCUUGAUAAAAUACUGCCUGAUGUAAAUUUAGGUAAAAUUAUAAAAUCUGUUCCCGGAAAAUUAAUAAAAGAGAAAGGCCAGCACUUGGAACCAUUCAUUAUCAAUUUUAUUACCUCCUGUGAGUCUCCGAAGCCUAAGCCAAGUAAACCAGAAAUUACUAUUCUCAGUCCUACUUCGGAAAACAACAAAAAGCUUUAUAACGAACUCUAUAAGAACAAUGCAAACCGUUCGGAGAAUUUAGAAAGAAGACAGAAUGAGAACUACUUCUUGCAGAUGAUGACGGUUGAAGGAGUUUAUGACUACUUAAUGUAUAUUGCUAGAGUUGUUUUCCAUAUUCCUGAUUGGCUUCAUCACAUCUUGAUGGGUGGAAGGAUUCUCUUCAAAAAUACCUUAGAAAAAUAUAUCGACAACUACUUGCAGUACAAACUAGAACAGCUCUUUCAGGAACACCGUCUGGUCUCACUGAUAACACUUCUCAGAGAUGCUGUAUUUUGUGAGAAUUCUCAACCUCGCUCUCUCCAAGAUAAGCACAAACGGGCAAAGCAGACCUUUGAAGAAAUGAUGAAAUACAUUCCAGAUCUGAUAGGUAAAUGUAUUGGGGAAGAUGCAAAAUAUGAAGGCAUAAGACUUCUAUUUGAUGGAUUGCAGCAGCCAGUACUUAACAAACAGUUAACGUAUGUCCUACUGGAUAUUGGGAUUCAAGAACUAUUUCCAGAAUUGAAUGGUUGAAAAGAAUGACUCCUUUAUCUUACCAAGAUCACAUACACAUCGAGAUACUGAAUUAACUCCGUUUCAUAGAUGACUGCUGUGUGCUAAUUUAAUGACUAGGUUAUUUGUUUAGUCUUGUAUAUUUGUUUGUACAUAUAAUUAACCUUUAUUUCAGAAAACAAAAAC